AAACGGAGCCCAGCUUAUUCUGCCCAUCAUCAUAUUACUCCUUCAAGAGUCGAAGACGUGAAGAGAGACAACAUAAAUAAAAUUAAAAGACAAAAAUUGGGAAUCGAUCUUCCCUCUGAAUCAAAAAACCAGAAAUUUCAUAGGCAACGAUAUAAAAGAUCAACGAGAUUCUACCGAACUUAACAGUCACUUUGAAGCCCGGAGAGCGACGAAGCAGGUUUACUGCCCAGAUGUUGAUUUUCACGCGUAUUAGCUUUCUGGGUCUGGAAGUUUCGACCUAAAAAUGGUGUCUUUGAUGGAUUUAGUUUUAGUGAGAGAAAAAUGAAGCGCAAGCGGGGAAGUAAGAAAGGCAAAGCUAAGAAGAAGCCCAAAGUGACGACAACGGAUGUGGAUGUGAAUGCUCAAAAUGAUGAUUUGGUUGUGGAAGAGGGGGUGGAGGAGGUGGCAGAUGCGGUGGCAGAGAGCAGUGGUGGUUCUGGCUCAGAUUCUGGUGGAGACGGAGAUGGAGACCGAGACAGAGGAGGAGGAGGAGGAGAGGAGGAGGAGAAAGAAGCAGCACCAACAUCUACUGCGGCGGUGGCGGUGGUUGAUCAAGCCACACCAAAACCUACUACAACAAGUGCUGUUGGAUUCGGUGAUAGCACCACAGUGAAAGCAGUUUACAGGCGUGUCAAGGUCAAGAUCAAGACUUCUAAAACUUUAUUACUUGAUGGUUCUCCAGAAACUCACCCCCCUGCUGAGAAAAGCAGCCAGCAGCCAGAGGAACAAGAAGGUGUUUCUAGUGAAAAAAUGGAAGCAGAUAGUGCCAACAACUCAUUGUCCGAGGCGAAUAAUAAUAAUAAUAGUAAUGUGAGUCCAUCUGAAGGAGGAGACUUACUUAGAAAGUCUGCGGGCAUCAAAAUUAAGUCAAAGAGCUUCAGCUCAAACUUUAGCCCGUGUAUUAACACUGAAACACUGAAAGGGGAGAAGACACCUAAAAAAGAGUCUCUUUCAGUUUCCAAGGAUUCUUCUAGAUAUAACAAGAAGGAACUAGAUGCUGCACUGGAGGUUAUAAAGAAAGUGAUGAAAAUGGAUGCAGCAGAGCCUUUUAAUACUCCAGUUGAUCCUAUUGCUCUUGGAAUUCCUGACUAUUUUGAGGUUAUAGAUACACCGAUGGAUUUUGGGACAAUACGUGGCAAUCUUGAAAGUGGGGUUAAAUACUUGAACUCGGAAGAUGUCUAUAAGGAUGUGCAGUGUAUAUGGGAUAACUGCUACAAGUACAACAAUAAAGGCGAUUUGGUCUUGGAUCUCAUGAAACGCGUGAAAAAGAACUUUUCAAAGUAUUGGAUUGCAUCUGGAUUAUACAGCGACUACACACACGGUGUUGAAAGCAGUCAAACAAAGGAUGUGACACCACCUGACAACAAUGGGACAGAACAAUUGAAAGGUGGAUCCUCCUCGAGUAACAUUAAGACAAGAAAGCUUCAGGGACUCAAGAAGCAUAAGACUGGGUGCCUAUGUGCCAUAUGUGUGAUGAUACGCCGGAGGCAAGAACGCGAGGAGAGCUCUGCUAAAAUAUUGGAAGAGCAGCAGGCCGAAGCUGCAAGUAGUGACUAUGAGAUGGUCAGGCCCGAGGAACUUACAGCUGCAGCAGAAAGCGCAGGUGGCUGUGAGUACGCAUCCCCAAACAUAGAGAAUUCUCCUCCAGAACUGGACAUAGAUUCCAACGCGAAUGUAGAAGAGGAGGCAAAGUUAACAGCUAAUACAAGUGAAAAUGAUGAAGACAACCGAGAGGAAGAUGUCAAGCAGUUGGGUGUUUCGUCUAGAAUAUCUAUAGAAGACGAUCGUACAAAACAUCAAAAGCAAACUGUGGAGUGUGGCAAUGAUGUGCCGAGUCGCAAUGAUAAAGAAGCGUUGCUGACAGGUGGCGAAACUGCCGCUAGUGAACAACCGAAGCCCAAGGAGGAAAAGCUAGACAAGCUUCAGAAAGCCAAGAUGCUGGAGAAGCUGCGGCACUUGGAAAACCCCAGGAUUCUUGGUCUGUGCAGAACCCUGUUUGCCAAUGACCAUAACACCAUGUCGGUGUGGAACGGGCCCCACUCUCUGGCUGUUCGACGACAAAAGGAUCCGCUGGCCUCUUCGACUCGCCUCAAGAAGAGGAGUGCCUUUCGCGAUGCGGUUUCACAGCUGAUACGGCUGCAGCAGGGAAAGUAAGUGAUUAUAGUGAGUGCUUAACUGCUGCUAUCAUAUUGUGUUUUGUCUUUGUCUUGGUACAUCUUUCCUGAGAUUGCAUGCAAAUUACCUUAACAAACAAACAAACAUCUUUGGUUAACAUCUUUCCUAAGUAAUUACAUAUAGUAAUUACAUGUAAUUACUAUAUUCUUUCAUCCUGUUUGGUUAGCCGUGUAAUUUACCAAAUUCACGUAUAAUUGGUGUAACUGAAGGGUCACAAUUACAUUUUCCAAUAUAUAAUUACACGGCAA